AUGGACCACCUCCGUGAUUCUCUCCUGAGCUCUCUGCCUAGAGACACUCCUUCUGUCAAAACGAGCGACUAUGCUCGUAGAGACCAGGAAAGCACACGACAGGCUAUCGCUCGAGGUGAAUUUGAAGAGGUCCGAGACGUGGCUUUCAGUAACCGGACCUGGGUGGUUACCAGCCGAUAUUGCGAUAUUGGAGACGGUGUAGAUUCCCUUGAGUGCCACAUUCAUUCCCUAUGGUAUAUGUACUACGAGCUUGCCCGAAACAUCUCCUCCGACCCACCUCAGCAUGAGGGUAUAGUCCUCGAUAUUCUUCGAAUUCAAGGAAUGGGGCCGUUAUCCAGACCUGCACGGGGUGUCUAUGGAAUUGACAUCGCACGAACCGUCGACGGUACACUUUGGAAUGACCUUCCCUUCUUGGUUGGCGAUAUGACUGAUUUCUGGAUCAAUAACGGUCCUUCAAUGUCGGGAACACACCGUCUCAAUUUUGCGACAUUCCUGGCCAAACUUGCAUCAACUCGUGUUGUUAAGGAUAGGCUGUGCCAAGUUGCUCUUUUGAUCUUCCGUAAUCUCUUUGAAAGCCCUCAAGAACUUCGCACGGGGGAAGAGUCAGAUGAAGAAGACCUGGACCGAGGUACUGCGCAGCUUGAGGUGUUUCAUCUGUUACCAGCUGCUGUUGCUUGGCUGAAAAUAGCAAGCCACAACCUCCUUUUACUAUCGGAGGUGUAUUGGAAUGACUGCCCCAGUGACAUCGGCAAGGGUGGCGAGAAGUUCCUUGAAUCGGAACUCGGACAGCGCUCACCUGCUGGACUCUCCCCAUGGAGAUACAUGUUCUGGCUGAAGCGACUCCAUGAGAUUCAAGAAGAAGCCAAGGACGCCAAUGAAAAUGCCCUAGAGGAGCUUGCUACUGAUGGCAUCGAUUACAUGGUCAACACAAUCAAGGAAAGGAAUGCUCAGGUUCUCAGGGCUUAUAAAAAUGGUGGCGAUGCCCUGCUUAAGGACAAGCAUCUCUCGUGCCUGAAGUCUCUUGCAUGUCUUGAGGAGCCAUAA